AUGUACCUAGUAAAUGUCGCUGCUGACAGGAAGUGCAGCUGCGAAACCGUCAACCAGUUCUUCGUGGUCUCAGGCACAUUAGUGUUCAUCACUUCCAACGGUUGGGAUUUCCAAUAUCUGCAGGCCUGCAGUGGUCGUCGCUGGCUCCCUACGCUUGCGAUCCUAUUUCUGGGAUUGGUCCCCGUCACGGUGGAGAUCUACCAUGCCGCAGCACAGUCGAACGCCUUCGUCGUCUUUCUUGUUGUUGGUCAACCUCUGUGUGCAUUCACAAACUCCAUAUCUCAGAGCCUCGUCAACAAGGUUAAACGAAACGCUAUGAAAAGAGUAAUACAUUCCCCGCUGGCCAUUAUUCUCUUGAAGACUGGUGUGCUUUUCUUGUUUCUCAACGUCGCGCAACUAGCCACGAUCAAUGUGCAGCAAGCAGCAUAUGUGUCCUCUUUGGUGGCUCCUAUAACCCUCAUCACAAUCUGGCGCUUCCUAAUCCUAAUGAGCCUUCGGCAACUUCGCCAUCGUCAGAACGGUAACGAGAACACGGAGAUACAAGGCACCUAUCCGCAAUCCACGUCGAUAGAGGAGCCCGACUCUAGCUUCUUGAACAACAAGGGCGCGCCGCUAGAAUUUGCAGCUAAUUAUGAGGAAAGCAUCAACUAUCGCCUGCAGCGAUAUUACGGGACACUGACAUCAGGCGUGUGCAGACGUGUGGAUAGAUCAGUCGCCCAUGAAAGAAACAAGGACCAGUUGGUACACCAGCUGCUGGCAGGCUGGGAGCUCCGAUGCACUGCCAUGUCUCUUCUCUUCAUUAUCUCCCGGUACAUCGCUCUCGUAUACGUCGUUGCAGCAGUGCUCGUUGAUUCUAGAUGGGAGACCGAUCAAGUGUAUGCUGUCAGCGGCCGCUGUUGGCUUCCUACACUUGCGGUCGCAACUCUCGGAGUAGUUCCCAUGGGCGUGGCGAUCCUGGAUGGAAUAGAAGAAGGACAUCCAUUUACCAUGUCGCUUGGUAGCGUUUCCGCAUGCGGCUUGACAUCCUCUCUGUCUCUGAAAGUUUACCAUAAAAUGAGAAGAGAGCCUUUGAUGAGAACAAUGCAGGCGCCUCUGCCUACUUUCCUGGUGAAAGCCGGCGUUGUGCAAUUCAUGUACAUCCCCAUUUUCUUUCGAUAA